AUGACGAGCGUGCAUCACUCGCAAGUACGCUACUGCUGGAGACGCCUGUACACCGAUGCAACCCUUGCCCUUGUAUGUGCUGCGGUAUACCAUGCGGCCCAGCUGCGUGAGGAGUGCACGAACGGUCAGGUACCGGAGCCGGACUGGGGCAACUGGGUUCGAGGGCUGGACAUGGUCAUCAUCAUUGCCAGUGCUCCGGGGGAGGGGAGGUUGGAGAUUGUCCACGAUCUCAUCUACGGAAUACAGAGUGCCUACGAUGUUGGCUUGUCUGCGCCGCCCGUGGCUCCCUCGCCCGUUCGUGAGGAUGUCCUCCCUGCUCCUGCACACGCGAUACCCGUACCCAGACUAAGCAAAGCUCCCUCUAUGGCGGCGUUCGAGCGCAUGUCGUCAACCCCGUUCAUACUUCCCGCGUGGGCGCGGGACUGGCCAGCAAUGAAGGAGAAGCACGAUUGGAGUCGGGCGAGCUACCUGCUGAGCGUCGCUGGCCCUGGUAGAGUUGUGCCCGUUGAGGUCGGUGCUGACUACAGAAAUGAUGACUGGACUCAGGAGCUCAUGGAAUGGGAAGAAUUCCUCAAACGCAUCGGUAUGCUCGAGGGCGGCAGUGACGACCCGAGACCAGUAUAUCUCGCGCAGUAUAAUAUGUUCCGGCAGUUCCAUAAGCUCCGGGACGAUAUCCAGAUUCCGGACUAUGUGUAUGCCAAUGUCGGUGAAGCUGUCCCGGAGUACCGCCCACCAUCGAACGAGGAGGGCUAUCUUCUCAACAAUUGGCUGGGGCCAAAAGGAAUGACCUCCCCCGCACAUACCGAUCCAUACUAUAACUUCUACACUCAGGUUGUUGGCAGGAAAACCAUAUGGCUCGCACCACCGACCCUCAGGCGAGAGAUGUAUCCGUUUCGCCUUGUCCUUUCAUCCAACCUUCCUUCCAAGCCCCCAUCCUCCACGUCCCUCAACAACACCACCUCCAUCGAUAUUUUCUCCCCUCCUCCCGCGGACAAGCCGCUGUUCAGGGACAAGGUCCUCCCUCACGCCAUGUGUUGCGUGCUCGAACCAGGGGAUAUGCUGUUCAUCCCCUUGGGAUGGUGGCAUGCAACGAGGGCCGAGGACAUCAGUUUGUCGGUGUCAAUGUGGUUCUGA